AUGAAUGACCAUGUGUGUAGAAGGUUCCUUUUUGUAAGGAGUUGGUUUCCCGAUAAAUUAGACAAAAACAAAAAUUAUCAAUUUCUAAAGGAUGAAUAUUUCAAUAAGUAUUGUAGUAAUCAAAAAUGUGAUAGUGAUCUCGAAAAAAUUAAUGCUGUAUGUUUAACGUUAUUUAAUGAAUUAUUUGGGAAAUCUUCUUUGUUUUCGAAACAUAAUAACGUCAAUAUUGUUGAUUACAUUAUUAUAUGGUUAAGUUAUAUGUUAAACCUAAAGAAUAAUGAUGGAAGCAACAAUCUAGAAUAUUUUAAUAAAACAUAUAUAAAUAAUGACGAAAACUACAAAAAGCCCAUAACUGAUGUUACAGAGUAUGGUAGUUAUAAGGAUCUUAUAAAUAACAAAAAAGAAUUUAUGGAUAUUUCUAGUGAAAAAAUGUCUAAACUUUAUAUUUUAUUUAAAAUUUUAUGUAAUAUGUAUACUGAUUUUGAUGAAAACACAUCAUAUUGCGCAGGAUGUUCUGAAAAUGCUGAUAAAUUUGUUGCAAAAUAUUACGAGCUUAAUAACGAUUCUAGUAUAACUAGUAAUAGUUCCUAUAAUGAUCUAUUGUCUACUUUAUCAAAUGAUUAUAAUAAUUUUAAAAAUUAUUGUAAUAGUAAAGGUGAUAAAUGUAAAGACUAUCCAGACCUUCUAACGAUAGAAAAAAUAAAAACUUCUGCACAAGGUUAUAAACAAAUUUCUGAACAGCUUUAUACACAUGGUUCUAAUCAAAUUUCUGAACAGCUUCCUACACAAGGUUCUGAAAUUACAUCAAGUUCAUCGAUAGGAAACAAAUUAUUUACAGUUUUAUCGAUAUUUGGUGCAAUAGCAUUUUUUUUAGGAAUUGGAUAUAAGUGUUCGUUAUUUGGAUUUCGGAAACGAGCUCAAAAACAAUAUUUAAGAGGAAAACUAAACAAAUAA